UGGCUCGCGACCGCGGCGGCGGCCUAAACAGCGGCAAUAGGCGCAACAGCGGCGGCGACUGCAGGGACGACGACGACGACGGCGGGGCGGGCGCUGCGCGCAGAGGGGAGGGGUCGGCGGGCGGCGCCGGCGGCUUCAACUGCGGCAGCGACAGCCAGGGCGACGGAAGAAGCUGCUCCGCCGGCCGGCGGUCGGGUUAGGCCUCCGCGGCGCCGGGAGCGGCUCGCGCUGUCCUCUGCGGGAGAUCUCCAUAGAGACCGUGACAAACAGACGCGGGGUCCGCGCGAGCUGCCGUUCUGGAGCCGGGUCCGCGGCCUCACCCUCCGCCCCCCCCGUCGCCGGCGCGCGCGCACCCUCGGUUUCUGCUCGCGACCUCGCGGUUCUCCGUGAGUCUGUGCCUUACUGUGUGGGCAGCGCGGGCCGACUUUUGGGCCGGGGCCGGGCGGGGGAGGCCCUAAGGCCGCCGCCUCUGCCUCUCCCGCCCGGGAGCGGGAAGCCGCCGAGGCUCCACCAUGGCCUCGGGAGCCGGAGGAAUAGGAGGGGGCGGUGGCGGCAAGAUCCGGACGCGGCGCUGCCACCAGGGGCCAAUUAAGCCUUACCAGCAGGGGCGACCGCAGCACCAGGGCAUUCUUAGCAGGGUUACAGAAUCUGUUAAGAAUAUUGUGCCAGGGUGGCUACAAAGAUAUUUCAACAAGAAUGAAGAUGCAUGUAGCUGCUCAACAGACACGAGUGAGGUUCCACACUGGCCAGAAAAUAGAGAUGAUGAUCAUGUGAUAUAUGGCCAUGACGAGAGCUCUAAUAUUAAUGAUGGGAGAAUCACCCCUGAGCCAGCUGUCAGUAAUACAGAAGAACCUUCAACAACUAGUACUGCUUCCAGUUACCCAGAUGUAUUAACAAGGCCUUCUCUUCAUCGGAGUCACCUGAACUUCUCCAUGCUGGAAUCCCCAGCGUUGCACUGUCAGCCGUCCACGUCCUCGGCAUUCCCAAUUGGCAGUUCUGGAUUUUCCCUUGUAAAGGAAAUAAAAGAUUCUACCUCUCAGCAUGAUGAUGACAACAUCUCAACUACCAGUGGUUUUUCUUCAAGAGCCUCUGAUAAAGAUAUAGCUGUUUCAAAGAACACUUCAUUGCCACCUCUGUGGUCCCCAGAGGCUGAACGUUCUCAUUCACUCUCACAACAUACUGCCACCAGCUCAAAAAAACCAGCAUUCAACUUAUCUGCCUUUGGAACACUUUCCCCUUCACUUGGGAAUUCUUCAAACCUUAAAACAAGUCAGCUUGGAGAUUCUCCUUUUUAUCCUGGAAAAACAACAUAUGGUGGGGCAGCAGCUGCUGCAAGACAGUCUAAGCUACGAAAUCCACCUUAUCAGGCACCAGUCAGAAGACAGAUGAAAGCUAAGCAACUUAAUUCACAAUCUUACGGUGUGACCAGUUCAACAGCUCGGCGAAUAUUGCAGUCUUUAGAGAAGAUGUCAAGUCCUCUAGCGGAUGCGAAAAGAAUUCCAUCAGUUGUUUCUUCACCUCUAAACUCUCCUCUUGAUAGGAGUGGGAUCGAUAUCACAGAUUUUCAAGCCAAAGAGAAAAGUUCUGUGGACGCUCAGUAUCCCCCUGUUCAGAGACUUAUGACUCCAAAGCCAGUUUCCAUUGCAGCAAAUCGAACUGUUUAUUUUAAACCAUCUCUGACCCCAUCUGGUGAAUUAAGGAAGAUUAAUCAAAGAAUAGAUAAAAAGGACAAUACUGGAUAUGAAAAAAAUAUGACACCAAGACAAAAUAGAGAACAAGAAAGUGGCUUUUCAUAUCCAAAUUUCAGUAUUCCUGCAGCCAAUGGUUUAUCUUCUGGAGUAGGUGGUGGAGGUGGCAAGAUGAGACGAGAGAGAACACGCUUUGUUGCUUCUAAACCUUCAGAGGAGGAGGAAAUGGAAGUACCAGUAUUACCGAAAAUCUCCCUACCAAUCACCGGUUCUUCACUGCCUACCUUCAAUUUUAGUUCUCCAGCAAUCGCAACUUCCUCUCCAUCACCCACUGGUCCAUCUCAGUCAUUAACAAACAAGGUACAAAUGACAUCUCCGAGCAGCCCUGGUAGUCCCAUGUUUAGAUUUUCAUCUCCGAUUGUAAAAUCUACUGAGGCAGAUGUACUACCUCCAUCCUCUAUUGGAUUUACAUUUAGUGUGCCUGUUGCAAAAACAGAAUUUUCUGGCUCUAGUAGUACUUCAGAACCAAGCAUAAGUACUUCAGCUCAAGAUAUCACUGCGGUGAACAGCACAAGCUGUAAGAAGCGAGAUGAAGAUUGUGAGGGACUUUUUAGACCUGUAAAAAUCCUGAAAGAAGGAAGCGUUUUAGAUGUUCUGAAAAGCCCUGGUUUCACAUCACCAAAGGUAGAUCCUCUUGCUGCUCAGCCUACCACGACAAGCCCAGAAGUUUAUACAAGACCAGCAAUAAGUACAUUUUCUUCUAGUGGAAUCGGGUUUGGGGAAAAUUUAAAGGGUGGAUCAUCAUGGCAGUGUGAUACCUGUCUACUCCAGAACAAAGUUACAGACAACAAGUGCAUAGCCUGUCAAGCAGCAAAAUUACCAUCAAGAGAAACUGCCAAACAGACUGGAAUCGGGACACCAACCAAAAGUAGCAAAGCAACUCUUUCUGUGUCGGGUACAGGCUUUGGAGACAAAUUUAAACCAGCAAUAGGAACUUGGGAUUGUGACACCUGUUUAGUGCAAAAUAAACCAGAAGCAAUGAAAUGUGUAGCCUGUGAAACACCAAAACCUGGUACUGGUGUGAAGCGAGUGCUCACGUUGUCCGUGGUUUCAGAAAGUGCUGUGACCAUGGCUGCAACAUCUUCCACCUGCACUGUGGCGUCUGGUUCUUUAGGAUUUGGAGAUAAAUUCAGAAGGCCUGUGGGGUCUUGGGAGUGUCCAGUUUGCUGUGUUUCUAAUAAUGCAGAAGACAACAAGUGUGUGUCCUGCAUGUCUGAGAAGCCAGGAAGUUCAGUACCUGCUUCAAGUAGCAACACUGUACCUGUCUCUCUGUCUUCUGGAGGCUGCCUGGGAUUGGACAAGUUCAAAAAACCUGAGGGAAGCUGGGACUGUGAAGUGUGCUUCGUACAGAAUAAAGCCGACUCUAGCAAAUGUGUUGCAUGUGAAAGUGCAAAGCCAGGCACGAAAACUGAGUUUAAAGGCUUUGGCACAUCUUCCUCAUCUUUGAAUCCAGCAACUACAUCCUUCAAAUUUGGUAUCCCAUCAUCAUCUGGGCCUUGUCAGACCUUAACAAACACUGGCAAUUUUAAAUUUGGUGAUCAGGGAGGAUUCAAAAUAGGUGUAUCAUCUGACUCCGGAUCUAUAAACCCCAUCAGUGAAGGCUUUAAAUUUUCUAAACCUACUGGAGAUUUUAAAUUUGGAGUUUCAUCAGAUUCUAAACCUGAAGAAGUUAAAAAGGACAGUAAAAAUGAUAAUUUUAAGUUUGGACUUUCUUCUGGUUCAAGCAACCCAGCUUCUUCAGCUUCAUUUCAGUUUGGAGUGUCUAAUCUUGGGCAGCAAGAAAAGAAGGAGGAACUGCCAAAAUCUUCAUCUACAAGCUUCAGCUUUGGUACGGGCAUUAUUAACCCUACCCCUGCUGCUACUGAAACUGUGGUGACCUCUGAGAGCAAGAGCAGCUUCAGUUUUGGAACCAUAGAAACCAAGAGUGUCUCAGUGACGCCUUUCACAUGUAAGACAACAGAAGCUAAAAAGGAAGAAAUGCCUACGACCAAGGGCGGAUUCACUUUUGGCAAUAUGGAACCUGCCUCUCUGCCUUCUGCCUCCAUGUUUGUUUUGGGAAGGACAGAAGAGAAGCAACAAGAGCCUGUCACUUCUACUUCUCUGGUUUUUGGGAAGAAAGCUGACAAUGAAGAGCCGAAGUGUCAACCAGUAUUUUCCUUUGGGAAUUCAGAGCAAACCAAAGAUGAGAGUUCUUCAAAGUCAACAUUUAGUUUCAGUAUGACAAAACCAUCUGAGAAGGAAUCUGAUCAACCAGCAAAGGCUACAUUUGCUUUUGGAGCUCAAACCAAUACUACAGCUGAUCAAGGUGCAGCAAAGCCAAUUUUUAGUUUCUUGAACAACAAUUCCUCUGGUUCAAGUACCCCAGCCACUUCAGCUGGUGGUGGCAUAUUUGGUAGUUCCACUUCUUCCUCCAACCCGCCUGUGGCUGCCUUUGUGUUUGGGCAGGUCAGCAAUCCUGUGAGCAGCUCCUCCUUUGGUAAUUGUGCUGAAUCCAGUACGUCGCAGUCUUUGCUGUUUUCUCAGGACAGCAAACCAGCAACCACAUCCAGCACAGCUACAGCAGUCACCCCGUUUGUCUUUGGGCCAGGAGCCAGCAGUAAUAAUACUGCGACCUCUGGUUUCAGCUUUGGAGCUACAACCACGACUAGUGCUGCAGGAUCCUCCUUUGUAUUUGGCACUGGACCUUCAGCACCAUCUGCCAGUCCAGCAUUUGGUGCUAACCAGACCCCAACAUUUGGACAGAGUCAAGGUGCCAGCCAGCCUAAUCCCCCGAGCUUUGGGUCUAUAUCAUCUUCAACAGCAUUAUUUUCUGCUGGGUCUCAGCCUGCACCUCCUACUUUUGGAACAGUGUCAAGUAGUAGCCAGCCUCCUGUGUUUGGACAACAGCCUAGUCAGUCUGCAUUUGGCUCUGGAGCGGCUCCUAAUUCCAGUUCAGUUUUCCAAUUUGGCAGCAGCACUACAAAUUUCAACUUCACAAACAACAACCCAUCAGGAGUGUUCACAUUUGGUGCAAAUCCUAGCGCGCCUGCAGCCUCGGCCCAGCCCUCUGGCUCUGGGGGCUUUGCCUUCAACCAGCCUCCAGCAGCAUUCACAGUGGGGUCAAAUGGGAAGAAUAUGUUCUCCUCUUCUGGAACUUCAGUUUCUGGUCGAAAGAUAAAGACUGCUGUUAGACGCAGGAAAUAAAGGUCACAAUGGUGUUACAACAGUUUUAACGACAGCUGGUGCCCUUCUUUCAGAUACUGGAUUGUACUCCAGACCGGGCUCGUCUGAAGUCAGAUCUGCCUAAGAACUUCUUUAAUUUGGGAAUUUUCCUCCUCUUUCUUUACGGAAGCUCCGUUCCCAUCUAUCCCACCCACCCCCCUUUUUUAAAAAAUAAUAGCUAGACUGGUGACUGAUUCUAAAGCAAAAAUAUUUUAUGAUCCAGCACAUUAUUCACUGAUUUGGCAUAGUCUGGCUGCCCCAGGAAUAGAGCCUGCACGGUGAAUGGCUUUGUAUAGACCCUCUUCGUCUGCACACAGCGUGCGCUGAUAGCGUUUGUGGAACGCGCUGAACUUGUAAUUAUACCUGAGGAAUCCUGUAUAGAUUAGAGGACGUUGAAAUGAAUGAUCUCUAUGCCGAGUUUGUGCUGGUGUACGUGUGAAGUGAGUGAGUUGGGUGUGUUGUGCACUAAGAUUUUCCGAUAGAGAAAACCUGAUUAAAGAAUGGUCCAUGCCAAGGACUUGUUAGAUCUAGUUCAUCGUCCAUUUAAUAAUUAUAUGCUAUUUCUACAUUUUCAUUCUUCUAUCACCUGUCUUGCCUUUUCAUUAUUUUAUUAUGAAACUUCUGUAAAUACAAUUUUGUUUCUGUACUUUUUUGGCAUAACAUAAAUCUGUGAACUUGAAAUUUUAAUUUUGUGUUAGACAUUUUUUUGUUGUUUGUUUAGUCUUGUCUCAGAUUUUAUUAUGUAAAUCCCAUUAUUCAAAGUUGCCUAAAUCCAUUUAGAAAUCUUAAAAAAAAAAAUUGGGGAUACUUAAAGUUGAAUUUAUUGGCUUUUCUGAUCCAGUUUUGUUUGGACCAAAAACCAGUAUUGUACAAAGUAUUAAGCAUAUAUUUUUAUAUUUACUGAAAUGGACUGUGGUGACUUUGGAUAAUAAGGAAAAGUUUAAUAUUAAAGCCAUGUUUAUUACAGUAUAAUUAACAUGUUAAACCAUGGGAUAAAUGCCAUCAAUAAAAAUUUAUGAAGCACUUUU